AACCAGUAAGCAACUAAGACAAAGUGGCGUACUCUUCCCUGUACUAGCUUUCUUCUUCUUCCUCCCAUCCUCUUCCUUCCAAACAGACUGGAGUUCAUCAAGGUCAUCCUGAAACUGGAGCCAACAAGUAUACAGAGAAAGAAGGGCAGGAAGACCGGCUCCCAGCCGAUAAAAGGUAGGAGCGAGCAGCGUUAGGGCAGUGUCAUCAUAUCGCAGGGUUGAUAUGGUGACAGUGAGAGAAGAGACUCGCAAGGGGCCUUGGACAGAGCAGGAGGACCUGCAACUGGUAUGCACUGUCCGUCUGUUCGGUGAACGUCGUUGGGAUUUCAUUGCCAAAGUAUCAGGGCUCAACCGGACAGGCAAGAGCUGCCGCCUGCGCUGGGUCAACUACCUCCACCCUGGCCUCAAGCGUGGGCGCAUGUCUCCUCAUGAAGAGCGUCUCAUCCUUGAGCUUCAUGCUCGAUGGGGAAACAGGUGGUCCAGGAUAGCACGCCGCUUGCCAGGGCGCACUGACAAUGAGAUCAAGAACUACUGGAGGACACACAUGAGGAAGAAAGCACAGGAGAGGAAGAGAAACAUGUCCCCAUCAUCAUCCUCAUCUUCACUGACUUACCAGUCCUGCUACCCAGAUACUCCCUCAACCAUUGGAGUUGAGGGGCAGGAGCUUCAUGGUAGCAGUGGCUGCAUCACAAGCAUCCUGAAAGGCAACCCCUCGGACAUGGAUGGAUAUCCCAUGGACCAGAUAUGGAUGGAAAUUGAGGCACCUGAGGUGCUCUCAGGGAUGGGCCUUGAUGGAGGGAAUGAUAAUGCAUGCAGCAGCCUCGCCGCCCCUCUGCUGCCACCUACAGCGUGGGAUUACUACCCAGAGGCCUGCUGGAAGAUCGAUGAGGAGAUCAAGAUGGCACCGCAAUUUGGUUACAGUGAAGGAGUUGGCCCCUGCUUUUGAAGUCAUACAUAUUGGGUCAGAUUACUAUGUUACAUACCUAUCUAGCAGAAGUGAAGUGCUUGUGGAAACAAGUUUAGCAUGGAUCUGAAUAUUUAUCUCCACUUAGAAUUGCAGGUCUGUGGCUCUAUGCAUGUUUUCUAUGUAUCUAUCUAGCGUGCAAGACAAAACUUAUCAACUUUGUCCUUGAUGCAAUGAAUACAAGGGCAAAUGAACUCUGUACUCACAGUAUAAUUAGCUAUCUCAUGUGAGACUUCUCUGGUGGUUAAGAAUAAAUGUAACUUGGUUA